UCAGCUCCUCCUGGACAGACUCUGACUGCGGCUGCCUCAGCUUGACAACAGCUUUCGGGGAAACAUGGCGACCCGAGUCCUUCAGAGGCUGGGCAAAGGUCUGAAACAGACCAAAAUCGGGCUCCAGGUGAACGGGCCAGUCAUCGCAACUCAAAGGAACCUUUCGGCUGUCAAUGACGAGAGUUGGUUCAAAUCUCUGUUUGUUAGAAAGGUCACCCCAAGAAAAGACGCCCACUCCCAUCUGCUCGCCAAGAAGGAAGACAACAACCUGUACAAGAUACAGUUUCACAAUGUCAAGCCUGAGUGCCUCGAUGCUUACAUUGAACUUUGUGAGGACGUUUUGCCAUCCAUUCAUGCUGACCCCGAGUAUCCCUGUGAGCUUGUGGGCACCUGGAACACGUGGUACGGAGAGCAGGAUCAGGCAGUUCACUUGUGGAGAUAUCGGGGAGGUAACCCAGCUCUCACUGAAGUCAUGAACAAGCUCAGGCAAAACAAGACGUUUAUGGACUACAGGAACGAGAGGGGGAAGAUGCUUCUGUCUCGGAGGAACCAGCUGCUGCUGGAGUUCAGUUUCUGGAACGAACCCGUCCCUCGUCAAGGACCCAACAUCUAUGAGCUUCGAUCCUACCAGCUUAGGCCAGGGACGAUGAUCGAGUGGGGAAAUUACUGGGCUCGCGCUAUUGAGAUCCGCCAGCAGAACCAGGAGGCGGUGGGAGGUUUUUUCUCUCAGAUUGGGAGCCUCUACACAGUUCACCACUUAUGGGCUUAUAAAGAUCUGCAGUCAAGAAAAAUCAUCAGAGAUGCAGCCUGGCAGCGCGAAGGCUGGGACGAGGUUGUGUAUCACACAGUCCCUCUUAUUCAGCGCAUGGAGUCAAGUAUAAUGAUUCCCAUGAAGUCUUCGCCCCUGCAGUAAUUGUGAAAAACUCUCACCAACCACUGCAACGAUUACACUGAUGUGCAGAGAGUGUAACCAACAGUCAGAGUGUGCACUGCCAGGGCUGUCGACGUAACAUAAAUCUGUUUCUGCGUUUUGGUUCUUUUGGCAUUUUCUUUGCUCUUUUACUGCAUGCACCCUCCUUUUUUUUUUUUUUUUUUUGUCAUCACCUGUUAUGACAGUUGAUGUGUUACUGAUCCAUUAAUGUGGUGUGUUUGUGUAGAGAGUAGACUGCACACUCCACCUCCUCCUCACUGUCGGUUCUCUAUUAAAAGAUCUGAUUUGUGUCUGCCGGUCACCGCAGCUGAAAAUGUCUUAAAAUCGGAAGAAAAUGUAAUAUACUGUAACUCGUACGCCCUGUUGCACUAAAGUAACUUUAAAUAAUAAAUGUUGCAGGUUGAGUUCAGUUUCACAGAGAGAAAAGUGCAGAUUAUAUGUCAGUGUUUUAUAUUAAACAGUGGUCUAUAUUCGGUAAAAAUUCAUCAUGUGCCCACUCCUCCAGAAAAAUGUUUACAUGGCUUUAAUCCAGCCUGAUGAUUGUGUUAACCAGUAAUUUAUUUUGAAAUCAGUCAACCGGAUAACAGGACUCAUAUCCACAGCAGCGUUAAACAGAUGCACCCGAGUUCACAAACACACCACAGAGUGUCAGACCUUUUUAUUCCCAAAUUGUGCUUUUUUUGUGCAUUCGUUUCUUCCGUUAAACUGACCAUGCAAUUCAAAAUCUUUCUCCGACAUCAACACCUGGCCCUUCCAGCUGUGGAGAGGUGGACAUUGGGAUUAAAGAAAAAAUAUUUUUAAUUUUUCAGCUUAAGUAAUCAGUAUUUACAGUACAACGCGUCAUACUCUGACUAAUGCGACCUAUGUGAUUGUGUGCUCCAUCUGCGAUUAAUGUUUUUUAGGUGACCGGAUUGUAGAUACACACGGUGGGCUUAUUGACCAGAGUUUCCGUCUCUCUCUCUCAGUGAACACAUGGGAUCUCAUGAAAUCUUGAUCAACCUCUUGAGUAACAUCUCAGUGUGGUAAAUGUAAAAUGCAGUGCUUUAAUAAGAUUAGAUGUACAUAUUUAAUUAAAGUUAUGAUGAAAGCA